AAAAUGAUGCACCCUGUUGCCAGCAGUAAUCCAGCUUUCUGUGGGACCGGCAAGAGCUCUUGCCUUACCGAGGACAAUGUGAGAGCCACGGAUCAGUUCGACCUUUACGCCACCCAGCAGAGCAAGUACGGCCACGCGGUCGCCCACAAACCCAUCGCCUGCCAGAGACAGGACGCCCUGAGCGAGGCGCACUUGCAGACCACGAGUGGCAGGAGUUUAGAGACAAAAGAUGAACUGAAGAAAAAGAAAAACCUCAACCGCUCCGGGAAACGUGGGAGGCCCUCAGGGACCACCAAAUCAGCAGGGUACCGGACCAGCACAGGCCGACCCCUGGGGACCACCAAAGCAGCUGGAUUUAAGACAAGUCCAGGCAGACCCUUGGGUACAACUAAAGCAGCAGGAUACAAAGUCAGCCCAGGCAGACCUCCAGGAAAAAAGCAGCAAGCCUUCAGGUGUUCCAGUGAUGCCUAACACAUAUUGAGCUGGACUUUUGCUGUACUUUACAAUAGGUGUGUUGAAUGGUUUUGGGGGAACUGUGUAUGCACUGGCAACUAAGACAAUGAACCUCAACUUAUACUGGAUGGCUCCUUAGUCCAUAGAUGAACUAAUGGCAGCUAAACUGCUACUAAGGAAUAGUUUCUUCAUGCUGAAGCUCUGAAAUCCAGUUGUACCUUCUGUUCCUCAGCAAACUCUCCAGUCUGACCUUUAGCAGCCUCUCUCAGAACGAGGUAACUUCUGACACGUGCAAAUGCUAACGUGAGCUCAUUCACCCUCAGGAUCUGUGUUGUGGUGGCUGUUUUUAAUCAGAUGAUUUUUCAACUAAAGACUGCUUUAAGUUCUUUCCUGAACUCAGCUGGGCAAGCAGUCCUCUUCAGCUGAAUGUAUCACUGCAGGAGUGUCACACCUCGCUGGCAAGGAACGUGUUGCAUGUCACCACUGUCCCUUGGAGAAACUCCACUCCUUACCUCCUCCUGUUUAUCCUGUUGGCUCCUGCUCCGUUCCUCACUUGUGCAUCCACUCAAUGGUGCUGUGCUGUGUGUCAGGAGAUAAUGCAGAUGUAUUGCUGUUCUGCUAGUAUAAUUUGUAUUCAAGUAUGCUGAUGAAAUAAUGAAAUCACCUAAGCAAUUUCUGUUCAUUACAGUGUUUAUUAAUUAUAUCAGAUGGAAUAUAAUCCCAGUAAAAACUAAUUAAUGUUGUCAGUUGUGAAAUGAUGAGCAUCAAGUAGAAAAGUGUUCAGAGUCUGUAAUGGGCUGCUUGGCACUCCAGAUUUAGGAAGGAGACCAGAAGUGCACUGCUGGGCACUUCCUAAUCUGCUCUAUUUUAUAUCUGACUGGAGUUUACUGGUGCCCUGCAGUGAGGGGAAGGAAAAAGAGGAUAAGAGAUUCAAAGUGACUAGAAAUGGAAUUUUCAAAUACUCCUGCUCUUCCUAUGUGUACCCUGCAGAAUACAUUGUGCUUUUUUCAACACUUUUCUUUCCAUGAGAAACACUGAAACAGCAUGUUAAUGCCUAAACUUUAUUAGUACCAAUGGGAAAACUGGCCUUUUCCCCCCAUAGUAUGAAAACAUUACUUGUAAGGUAAAUUGCUUAUUUUAUAUUAUAUAUCAUAAUUCAGCUAUUCAUAAGCUAGGAUCACUGUUGUGUGUUAACACUGUUCAGAAGACCCACAUGUCAAGUUUGGGUUUUAAUAAUUUCUUUUAAUGAUCAAGUUUCUAACGUCUUAUUUAUACAUAAAUGAAGUGUAUUAGCUUGCUAUUAUUCCUUAAUGAUGCUAUACAAGUUCACUGUUUAAUAUACAUAUAGUAACUACUAUUCAUUUUCUGAUUAAAUUUACUUAAACUUUAAAACCAAAUAAUUUUGCUACUAUAAAGUCUUGCACUGGACAGAUUCAAGAUGCUAGCACCAUAUUUUGGCAGAAAAAAGUCAGAUACCAUCAGAAGCAGCUGACUUUGAUAUCAAAGAUAGUAUUUUUGAAAUCAGCACUUAGCUUUGUCAUUAAAGCAAUGUUCUUUAUAUCUUGGAUUUAGUUUGAACUAAUGGAAAUAACUAGAGCCAUUAAAGAUCUCUCUUCUGAAUGAAUAUAUUUUCAUUUUGUCUGAAGGAUCUUAGAGUUCAGUCAGGACAAGACCAAGCAUUGUCAGUGAAGAGUGAUGUGUCUGUGAAAAGAAUUACCUGGAACUACAAAACACAGAGUAAUUCAGAUGAGAAUUAACUCCCUCCCCCAUUUUUGAAGAGCUUUAAAAGGCAGAGCAAUGUGAAGUCAUUUGUGUGAUGGUUUCAUUAGCUGUGACUCUGCUGUUCUUUGUUAUAUGUAUAAUAAUGUUUCACACUAUCCUUAGAGUUGACAGUUGAAACAGCUGAUAACAAUCAUAAAUACUUGGAACUGCAAACUUCAUUUCUGACCACAAAAGAAGUUUAUUCUUCUCUAUUUUAAUGCAUAUAUUUUAACACUGCUUAAAUAUAUUUAUGACUUUAGUAGAGAUUAGACCUUUCUCCUUGUGAUUUUUUUUUUUUCCCAAAUAGAAAAAUCUGUAUUCUAAAAUUUGAACCACUUUCUGAUACUUUAAUCUUUCAUCAUUUCCUUUUCCACAGGUUUACUUUGGGGGAAACAAUAAUCUGUUAAAUAAUUAGUAUUAUCAGCACCCUGUCCUCUGCUGUAAAAAGCCUGAUUAGAUACUGUGUAUGUUUUUAUGUCCAUGAACUUGAGCUACUCGUGUGCAAUUAUGUGUAUGGGAAUGGAGUAGUGUUCAUGAUCUGUAUUUACAUCAUCAUAUGGAUGUAUAUUUAUUAAUAAAGUUAAUACUUUAAAACCUAA